AUGUCUCUGGACGAGAUGGCUUUUGAGUCGACUCAAAAGGCGCAUCAGAAAUCUCUUGAGCCAUGCCUCUGGAUGAGAUUCUUGGGCGACAAUCAUUUCAAGGCUUGCUCCGGAUUGCCGUCGUGCCGUGGCGUGUGCUCCUGCUCGCGUCUUUCCUCGACGUCGAAGGGAAUUACUUUGGUGAGUGCGUGUCUUGUACUCUUAUCGUGCCUGCCGUGUGCCCGCGUUGUGCCCGCCGUGUGCUCAUCUAAUUGGUCGUUGAUCCCUCUCAUCUCCCUCUCAUCUCCCUCUCAUCUCCCUCUCAUCUCCCUCUCAUCUCCCUUUCAUCUCCCUCUCAUCGCUCUCUCAUCUCCCUCUCAUCUCCCUUUCAUCUCCCUCUCAUCGCUCUCUCAUCUCCCUCUCAUCUCCCUUUCAUCUCCCUCUCAUCGCUCUCUCAUCUCCCUCUCAUCAUCUCAUUCGUCUCAUUUUACUUGCAUCGUCUCAUCUUACCCUUUCCUUUCGCUUCAGUUGUCCUUCAGUGUCCACCCAUUCCCCUUCACCUCCUUCACUCGAGUUGCUCUCCUUCACUGCUUUCUGGGGUGCCCACCUGAUUCACCCUUGCUGCCUCUCGUCUCUUUCCUUCCAUCCCGAUGCUGUCUCUCAUUCCUCUCCCUCUUUCCACUUUGUCCCAUUGUCCUCGCCUUCCGUUUCACCUCAUUGACGCGAGUCACUCUCCUGGACUGCUGGGCCAUCCCAGCCGCUAUGCUGCUAGCAGCGCUCUGCCUCUCCACGCGCUACCACGCCUCCCAUGUUAUCGGCGCGCUGCUCUGCACGGCGGGCCUCGCCAUGCUGCUGCUGUCUGACGCCGGGUCGCACUGGCAGCAGACGUGGGAGGGUGUGCGUAUAUCCCUGCAGCCCAUGUGUCCCUCUCCUCUUUUCACGCACUGCCAUGUCUGUUAUACCUUAGUGCCCCGCCUCUCACAGGAGUACCUUGCGCAUCGAGUGGAGACAACAGAGCUGCUGGCCUUCUUAAAACUUCUCCUGGAGGGAGCAGACCUGCACUCCCUGCACUUUGAUGCCCACACUGUCCUCCCCAUGGUGCUCUUCUCGAUCGCCCUCUUCGCCUUCUACUCCCUCACUCCCCUCAUGCUCCGUCUGGGCGGCGCCGCUCUCUUCAACCUCUCCCUCCUCACAUCAGACCUCUGGGCGGCGGGAGUGGCGGCUCUUGUCUUUAACCAGCCUGUGACCCCAGAGGCUACCCAGGGCACCCCGAGAGUGGCCGCAUGGGCCACUUUCAAUCGGCGCGCAGUGUUCCACGCCCUCAUCUCCUCGUUCCAUCUGUCCGCAGGCACCCUGGGAGUGACGGCGCAGCCCUCGCUCCGGUGGCGCAAGGCGCUCAACGUGUCGACCGUGUUUAACGCCGCCAAGUUCGGAGCGGGCACGCAGAGCACUCGCAGCGGCUUCAUCGGCCUGCCUUACAGUAUGCUCCGCACCCCUCCCGCCCCUCUCGCCCCUUUCGCCCCUGCCACCCCUCCCGCCCCUCUCACCCCUGUCGCCCCUGCCACCCCUGUCGCCCCUGCCACCCCUGCCGACCUUGUCGCUCCCGUCGUCGCUAUCGCAUGCUUGGUAGCAGGCAUGGCCGUGUUGCAUGUGUUAGCUUCCAUUCUCUCACGCCCCCCACCGCCACUUUAUCCCGCCACCCCAAUCCGGGAGGUGUACGCGAAGCUCACAGGCAAGGCCGUUCCGGGCUCUAAGGGGGACAAGGGAGCACAUGGAUGGCUCGAUAUCAACAUCUACAAGUGA